UUUUAUUCGUUCAGAGGACCCAAGAGCGAACCGGAAAAGGAAGACUCCCCAUUACGUUUUGGUCACAUGACCGACACGUAUCUUGACGUGGAACAGAGCAUGUAACCAGGAAGAGGUAGUUUUGUGCUCAACAUGUUGGCUGGAGAUGAAGAUGUCUCUCUGUUCGAUGCAGAAGAAGAUGCUGGGAGAAAGUCGAAGAUGGGUGUUAAGCAUCCGGUGGCAUCCUUCUUCCACCUCUUCUUCAGAGUCAGCGCCGCUCUCGUCUACCUGCUCUGUGACCUUCUGAGCGGUAGUUUCAUCGCCUCCAUGGUCACAAUAAUCCUUCUGCUCUCCUGUGACUUCUGGACAGUCAAGAAUGUCACUGGGAGGCUGAUGGUUGGGCUGCGGUGGUGGAACCAGGUGGACGAUGAUGGGCGAAGCCGCUGGGUGUUUGAGUCCAGGAAGAGUACUUCGAAGAAGCAAGGAUCUGAUUCAGAAUCUCGAAUCUUCUGGCUCGGACUGAUAGUCUGUCCUUUCCUCUGGGUCAUCUUUUCCUUUAGCGUUCUGUUUUCAUUCAAGAUUAAAUGGAUGCCUUUGGUGAUCAUGGGUCUGGUGCUGCAAGGGGCCAACCUGUACGGAUACGUCAAAUGUAAAGUGGGAGCAAAGACCAGCUUAAGGAACAUGGCCACUAAUUAUUUUGGCAGACAGUUUCUCAAACAGACUCUGUCUAAAGAAGAGGAGUCGUAGAGAGCAGCGCCACACAUCUACAUGAUACCAAGUGGACACAGUUCAACCUCCUCAACAUAACAGCUUUUGUUUUUCCUAUCUUGUGUUUAAUUUAAAGUUUUUUCUUUUCACUUUCUUUGUAAAGGUAGAGGUUUGGCUGCUUUUUUUCAGUAACUGAAACUGAUUAAUAAAUCUGUACUCAUACAGGCAUGAAUCAUUCAAAUGACUAGUUUGUGCUGGAGCCUCAUGAAUCUAUCUUCAGUUUGUUUUCAUUUCCUAGAACUAGUUUAUGUAAUUGUAAAAUGUUAAUCAGAGCGUUUGUAUGAAUACAUUUAGCAUCCAUAACAGUGUAUUCAGAUUUGUAAAUAUGUAUACAAACUAUGACCUCUAUAACUUCUUGUCUGCAAAUACAUUUGUAAUUUUUGCGAA